AUGACUGAAGCUAACAGCACAGAAGCUAACAGCACAGAAGCUAACAUUACAGAAGCUAACGUCACUGAUGCUAACAGCACAGAAGCUAACAGCACAGAAGCUAACAGCACAGAAGCUAACAUUACAGAAGCUAACGUCACUGAUGCUAACAGGACUGAAGCUAACGUCACUGAUGCUAACAGGACUGAAGCUAACAGGACUGAAGCCAACAUUACAGAUGCUAACCACACUGAUGCUAACAGGACUGAAGCUAACGGAUCUGAAGCUAACAGGACUGAAGCUAACGUCACUGAUGCUAACAGGACUGAAGCUAACGUCACUGAUGCUAACAGGACUGAAGCUAACAGGACUGAAGCCAACAUUACAGAUGCUAACCACACUGAUGCUAACAGGACUGAAGCUAACGGAUCUGAAGCUAACAUUGCUGAUGGUAACUUGACUGAAGCCAACAGGACUGAAGCCAACAGGACUGAAGCCAACAGGACUGAAGCCAACAGGACUGAAGCCAACGGGACUGAAGCCAACAUUGCUCAUGCAAACAGGAGUGAAGCUAACGGAACUGAAGCCAACAUUGCUCAUGCAAACAGGAGUGAAGCUAACGUCACUGAAGCUAACACUGCUGAUGGUAACGGGACUGAAGCUAACGGGACUGGUGGUUACGGGACUGAAGCUAACGGGACUGGUGGUUACGGGACUGAAGCUAACGGGACUGGUGGUUACGGGACUGGUGGUUACGGGACUGAAGCUUACGGGACUGGUGGUUACGGGACUGGUGGUUACGGGACUGAAGCUUACGGGACUGGUGGUUACGGGACUGGUGGUUACGGGACUGGUGGUUACGGGACUGGUGGUUACGGGACUGGUGGUUACGGGACUAGUGGUUACGGGACUAGUGGUUACGGGACUGGUGGUUACGGGACUGGUGGUUACGGGACUGGUGGUUACGGGACUGAAGCCUACGGGACUGAAGCUUACGGGACUGAAGCCAACGUCACUGAUGCUAACAAGACUGAAGCCGACGGGACUAGUGGUUACGGGACUGGUGGUUACGGGACUGGUGGUUACGGGACUGGUGGUUACGGGACUGGUGGUUACGGGACUGAAGCUUACGGGACUGGUGGUUACGGGACUGGUGGUUACGGGACUGAAGCCAACGUCACUGAUGCUAACAAGACUGAAGCCGACGGGACUAGUGGUUACGGGACUGGUGGUUACGGGACUGAAGCUUACGGGACUGGUGGUUACGGGACUGAAGCUAACGGGACUGGUGGUUACGGGACUGAACCAUUCGGGACUGGUGGUUACGGGACUGAACCAUUCGGGACUGGUGGUUACGGGACUGAAGCUAACGGGACUGGUGGUUACGGGACUGGUGGUUACGGGACUGAAGCCAACGUCACUGAUGCUAACAAGACUGAAGCCGACGGGACUAGUGGUUACGGGACUGGUGGUUACGGGACUGAAGCUUACGGGACUGGUGGUUACGGGACUGAAGCUAACGGGACUGGUGGUUACGGGACUGAACCAUUCGGGACUGGUGGUUACGGGACUGAACCAUUCGGGACUGGUGGUUACGGGACUGAACCAUUCGGGACUGGUGGUUACGGGACUGAAGCUAACGGGACUGGUGGUUACGGGACUGGUGGUUACGGGACUGAAGCCAACGUCACUGAUGCUAACAAGACUGAAGCCGACGGGACUAGUGGUUACGGGACUGGUGGUUACGGGACUGAAGCCAACGUCACUGAUGCUAACAAGACUGAAGCUGACGGGACUGGUGGUUACGGGACUGGUGGUUGCGGGACUGAAGCUAACGGGACUGGUGGUUGCGGGACUGAAGCUAACGGGACUGGUGGUUACGGGACUGAAGCUAACGGGACUGGUGGUUACGGGACUGAAGCUAACGGGACUGGUGGUUACGGGACUGGUGGUUACGGGACUGAAGCUAACGGGACUGGUGGUUACGGGACUGAAGCUAACGGGACUGAAGCCAACGGGACUGAUGCUAACAAGACUGACACUAAUGGGACUGACACUAACGGGACUGAUGCUAACAAAACUGAAGCUGAUGGGACUGGUGGUUACGGGACUGACGCUAACGUCACUGAUGCUAACAAGACUGAAGCUAACGGGACUGGUGGUUACGGGACUGAAGCUACGGAAGCUAACGUUACUGAAGCUAACAUAACCAAAGAUGACGAUGAUGAACUCCUGAAGCUGCCCAAUGCUAUCCGUUCAAGGACAAUGUGA